GACACAAUCCUUUAGCAUCCACUUGAAGCUGCAUCGAAUGACUCCAGUCUCUACAAGAGCUUUAGUUUUCCGCCGGGCUGUGCACGAAUCUAGUUGACUUGAACCAAUGGCACUCCAUCGAGUACUUUAAACAUUCAUGGCUCCAGGCAACGCAAGAUCAUGCGUCGAGCCCCCAAGCCCCCUUUGAGACCUUAUCCCGUUCUAGUUAUAGGCAAAUCUAACAGCGUCGUAGAACAAUGAGCUUCGAUAUCGUCCACAUUAAUGUUGAUGAUGCUAGCAUUCCUGUCUAUAAGGAUUGGAUAUCAGCAGUAUUGUCUUACUUCAAGAAAGCUUUCGCUGCCCCCUUUCCAGAAGCUGACGAUCGCGCAAUACGCCUGGAUGAUAUGGACCACCCUGACCUGGAUCAGGACUUAAAAACGCUCGACGUCCUUCUACCAUCAGGUGUACCUGCAUCCUCUGCAUUUGAUGCCAAAACGACCGAAAGCAGCCAGGGAAACGACCUGGAUAUGGACCCAAGCAACGAUGAAGACUCCGAAGAUGACUCUGAUGCCGAAACUGGAAACGAUUCAGAUCUUCUACACGAAAUAGAGAUUGCCACCAGAAUCCAGACUGGCUAGCGAACUACCGAUCGCAUAUCAUCACCGUAAUGGAGCUAUUCAUAUUUGGUGACAGGUACGACAUUCCUCAGCUACGCGACGACAUUGUCACUGCCAUCAUGUUCUGAGAGGAUAUGUGGCAAUGGGCGACCGAUCCAGACGCCGAACUUAUCGACUCGAUUCACGGCGACCUUCCUAAAACCUCUACCCUGGCAAAAAUCCUGGCGCAUACUACUGCAUUCCUUUGGCUUCUCAGGAAAGACCAGGACAAUACUUCCGAAAUUCAGUCUUUACACGAGAUGCACCCAGAUUUUAUCUUCAACGUGCACCUGGCUCAGAACGAAGGACUUAGGCGCAGACUAGCGAACGAGGACGUGGAUCGAUUGAUCAAAGACUACCUCCCUUGCAAAUU